AUGGCCAAAUAUCUACGAUUGGAAGACAUGGCUUUAGUAGCUCAAGGAAAAGAGAGCGGUGGUGUGCCGUACCAGUGUCCCAUGCUAACAUCUUCGAAUUACACCACUUUGGCGAUCCGGAUGGAAGCUAUUUUGGACGCACAAGGGUUGUGGGAGUCCGUUGAACCACCGGAUGAUGCUGUGGUCUAUGCAAAGAAGAGUAAAUCAGCAAGAGCUUUUAUUUUUCAAGGGUUACCAGAGGACGUUCUGCUACAAGUGGCCAAGAAGAAGACGGCAAAAGAAGUGUGGGAUUCAUUGAAGUUGUGUUACCUUGGGGCUGAUCGAGUGCAGAGGGCACGAUUGCACACGCUAAAAAGUGAGUUUGAGGCUCUUCGGAUGAAGGAGGGGGAAACAAUUGAUGAAUUCACUAGAAAGUUGAACGGGAUGAUGUCCAAAUACAACAGUCUUGUGGCAACGCUUGAGGAUAGUGUUCUGGCUGUUGGUAGAUUGAAGGCAUAUGAAGAUAGAUUACUACUCCGAAGUGGUAAUGGGAGGGGAGAAACCAGCCUGCUGCUUACCAGAACUGAAAACCAACAAGUUAACAAAGCUGCAGGAGGAUCGUCGGGAGGACGAGGACGUGGUUUGAACGAUAGAAGAGGUCGUGGAGGCCGUGGAAGAGGCCUUGAUAGAGCUGGUCGAGGCAAAUCCAAUUGGCAACGAGAUGCUGGUAACAACAAUUACAAGCCAAGAGAGAAGAAACACAUUAAGUGUUUCAAUUGUGAAAAAUACGGUCAUUAUGCAUCCGAAUCAAGAGCGCCAAAGGAGAAAGGGGGUGAAGCAAAUUUGGUUGAAACGCAAGAGGAUGAACCAGCUUUGUUGCUUAGCGUCCAUGGAGAGAAAAAAAAUACGUUGGUUCUAUUGAAUGAGAAAUGUGUAUGUCCUAGUACAUUAGAAGGGACUGGUGAGGCUAGAGAAGAUGUUUAG